UGAAUAAAAUAAAGUAAAAAGAAAAAAAAAAGGUGGGCUCAAAUUUCUUCCUCUUACAAAAAAUGAAAUGAGCCCGAAAAGGCAGCGCUCUUCACCCUAUAGAAUUCAAUCAACGAAUCUGCUUAUCUCCACCUAACUCAUUCCGGCAGCCGUAAGAUCCGCCACCUUAGUCGCCUCCUUCUUCGUUUUCCGCUGAUCUACCAGAUUCGUCGUACGAUUGGCGCUGUGGGUAAACCUUUGAUGACAAUUUGAGCUCCCAUCAUCAUCAUUAUCAUAAUCUGCGGGUCUUCUGCUACAGCUGGCGUGAGAUUAUAAAAAGAAAAAAAGAAAAAGAAAGAUUUUUUUGUAUGUCUCCAUAUGUUUAUUUCUUCUCCGUGAUUGUGAAAUUUGGUGGUGACCAUUACGGAGCAGAAGCGCGUGAUCGGAUAUGCAGAAAAGUGAGAGUCUAUCGAGGAGUAGUAAUAGUCUGUCAGUGAGAGUGUCGUCGUCGUUGUCGCAGUCCCAGCAGCCGUUGAGGCGGCUGAGCUUGUGCUCGCAGACAGCAACUCAGUCUUCCCCAAUUGUGUUCCCAGAGAAACGUACUAAGAAGCUCAAGGCUUCCUCCAAACCUAGCGAAGCUCCUGUCGCGGAUGAUCAGCCUGAUAAAUCCAAGAGGGACGAGCACCGAAUCGAUAUUGGAGGAGGGGAUGAAAAAUCUGAUUUACUUGGUUAUGUGGUUUACUCGGGGAAGCUCAUUUUGGACAAGAGAAAGAAUGUCCCCACUAAUACUAAUUCAGCCGAUGUAGAGCAGAGUUCUUCUACUGAUAUUGCCAGCCAAGAAGCUGUUGCUGCUAAACUCACUAGCAAGGCAUUGGUUUGGGGUUCUCAUGUCUUGCCUCUUGAGGAUGUCAUCUCGGUAUCCUACAAUGUUGGUGUUAGACAUUUCACUGUGCAUUCUUACCCUCUAAAAAAGAGUUCUUGUGGCCUUUCUUGUUUUAUUAAACCGAAGAGAAGUCGAAAGGAUUUUCGUUUCUUGGCUUCUAGUGUAGAAGAGGCAGUUCAAUGGGUUGGUGGGUUUGCAGAUCAGCAGUGUUUCAUCAAUUGUUUGCCUCACCCUUUAGUUUCUUCUAAGAAGCAAGCUUCUUCUGAAUUGUUUCCAAUGGAUACUCCUCCUGAGCUUGUGUUCAGGUGCAAGAAUCCACCUAAAAUGCUUGUUAUAUUGAAUCCAAGGUCAGGUCGUGGUCGUUCAAGUAAAGUUUUCCAUAGCAUUGUGGAACCAAUAUUUAAGCUUGCAGGGUUUAAAUUGGAGGUAGUCAAAACAACAUCUGCCGGCCAUGCUAAAAAGCUGGCAUCUACUGUUGAUAUCAGCACAUGCCCUGAUGGAAUUAUCUGCGUUGGCGGUGAUGGGAUUAUCAAUGAGGUUCUAAAUGGUCUGCUUAGUAGAGACAAUCAAAAGGAAGGAAUUUCUAUACCCAUUGGAAUUAUACCAGCAGGUUCUGACAAUUCACUGGUUUGGACUGUACUUGGAGUUAGAGAUCCAGUCUCUGCUGCAAUUUCUAUUGUGAAGGGAGGUCUUACUGCUACAGAUGUUUUUGCUGUUGAGUGGGUUCAGACUGGUAUUAUUCACUUUGGGAUGACGGUCUCCUAUUAUGGUUUUGUCAGUGAUGUGUUAGAACUUUCUGAGAAAUAUCAGAAACGAUUUGGUCCUCUACGAUAUUUUGUUGCUGGGUUCCUCAAAUUUUUGUGUUUGCCAAAGUACAACUUUGAAGUGGAGUACCUUCCAGCAGCAAAAGAGGAUCAAGACGGUAAAAACUCUACUGAUCAGGGAGUAGUUGACAUGUCAGAACUGUAUACAGACAUUAUGAGGAGGUCAAACACAGACCGCAUUCCCAGAGCCUCUAGUCUAUCUAGUAUUGAUUCGAUAAUGACUCCUAGCCGAAUGUCUGGAGGAGAGAUGGACACAUCUAGUAGCACUCAUGCCAGCACUGAACCAUCUGAGUAUGUGCGGGGCCUUGAUCCUAAGACUAAACGGCUAUCAUCUGGGAGAAGCAAUGUGACAGCUGAGCCGGAAGUUAUUCAUCCUCGGUUACCACUCACUACGACUCCAAACUGGCCAAGGACCAGAACAAAAUCGAGGACAGACAAAGGAUGGAGUGGAUUGACUGCAGCACAUGAUCCUUCUAGAUGUUCUUGGGGUAAUGGUGCAACAAAUGACAGGGAGGAUAUAUCUUCAACAUUGUCUGAUCCAGGUCCAAUCUGGGAUGCUGAACCAAAGUGGGACACUGAGGCUAAUUGGGAUGGGGAAAAUCCAAUUGAGUUACCAGGUCCAUCAGAUGACGCUGAAUCAGGAAUAAAGAAGGAAGUUGUCCCAAGAUUCGAAGAUAAAUGGGUUACAACUAAGGGGCGAUUUCUUGGCAUCAUUGUGUGCAAUCACGCAUGCAGAACUGUGCAGAGUUCUCAGGUGGUGGCUCCAAGAGCUGAACAUGAUGACAACACCAUGGAUAUGCUCUUAGUUCACGGGAGUGGGCGACUGAGGCUGAUGAGAUUUUUCUUGCUGCUACAGAUGGGCAAACACCUUUCACUGCCAUACGUUGAGUAUGUCAAGGUGAAAUCAGUUAAGAUUAAGGCUGUGAAUCACACACACAAUGGUUGUGGCAUUGAUGGUGAGCUUUUCCCCCUCAAUGGACAAGUAGUAUCGUCUUUGCUUCCAGAACAGUGCAGACUGAUCGGUCGCUACCCAGGCCGACAUGUAUAAUGACCUAGAGAUCUGUUUUUUGAAUUUUUGUUUGUCAUAUCUUGGAUGCGAAUGCUUUCUUCCAUACUCGUGGCUGUGGAAUAUGCUGAGUAUCCUUAUACCCAAAAAAACAACUGAUACAUUUUUAAUGUUAACCCUCUUCCCGUUUGUGCCAUUACAUACAAUGAGGGUUCCUGUAAAUGUUUUGUUGGGUUUAUGUAUCUCGUCUGUUUAUUUUCUUUUUUACUCCUCUAUGGGAUGUACGCUUUUCUCUUGUUUGUUUCUGUGCGUGAGCUGCUGGAACAUAUUGAAAACUAACCUCUUUUCCUUUUUUUUUUCCUUUCGAACUUCUUUG